CCCCCCCGCGGCCGCGCUCAGGGCCCCGGGCCGGGCGGUCCCUUUAACGGCGCGGCCCAAGGGGCGCGGGCGGGAGCGCGGCGGGGCUGUGCGUGCCCUCCGUGCGGCGACCCUUGCGCCGCUCCCGGGCCAGGGGCGGAUGGGCGGCCGUGGGCCGCGGGGCAGCAGUCGGGACGCGCGCGGGAGCCGGGGGCGGCGGCCGAGGCCUGGGCGGUCGGGCGAGGGCGCCCGGGGCCCUCGGCGCGGCGGGGCCGGGAGCGGCGCGGGCCGGGCGGGGCGCAGGCGGGCGGGCGGGGAGCGCCCGCGUCCGAGCCCCGGGCCGGGCCCUGAGCGCGCGGGCUCCGCGCCGCCGCCGCGCCAUGGCGGAGACCAAGAUCAUCUAUCACAUGGACGAGGAGGAGACGCCGUACCUGGUCAAGCUGCCCGUGGCCCCCGAGCGCGUCACGCUGGCCGACUUCAAGAACGUGCUCAGCAACCGGCCGGUGCACGCCUACAAAUUCUUCUUCAAGUCCAUGGACCAGGACUUCGGGAGCUGCCCAGGGGAGAGACAGCCUGGCUGCUGCCCCUGUGCACUUCCAGCAGAGGCUGUGCCUGCUGGGCACACGUGGAGGACCUGCGGGUGCCGGGCCUGGGAGCACGGGUGGUGAAGGAGGAGAUCUUGGACGACAACGCCAAGCUGCCCUGCUUCAACGGCCGCGUGGUCUCCUGGCUGGUCCUGGCUGAGGGUGCUCACUCAGAUGCCGGCUCCCAGGGCACGGACAGCCACACAGACCUGCCUCCACCUCUUGAGCGGACAGGUGGCAUCGGGGACUCCCGGCCCCCCUCCUUCCACCCGAAUGUGGCCAGCAGCCGUGAUGGGAUGGACAAUGAGAUGGGCACGGAGUCCAUGGUCAGCCACCGGCGGGAGCGUGCCCGCCGCCGGAACCGCGAGGAGGCCACCCGGACCAAUGGGCAUCCAAGGGGAGACCGGCGGCGGGAUGUGGGGCUGCCCCCAGACAGCACAUCCACUGCCCUGAGCAGCGAGCUCGAGUCCAGCAGCUUUGUGGACUCAGAUGAGGAUGGCAGCACGAGCAGGCUGAGCAGCUCCACGGAGCAGAGCACGUCAUCCAGGCUCAUCCGGAAGCACAAGCGCCGGCGGAGGAAGCAGCGCCUGCGGCAGACGGACCGGGCCUCCUCCUUCAGCAGCAUUACGGACUCCACCAUGUCUCUCAACAUCGUCACCGUCACGCUCAACAUGGAGAGACACCACUUCCUUGGCAUCAGCAUCGUGGGGCAGAGCAACGAUCGAGGAGAUGGUGGCAUUUACAUAGGUUCCAUCAUGAAAGGCGGGGCAGUGGCCGCUGAUGGCCGAAUUGAGCCCGGGGACAUGCUGCUGCAGGUGAACGAUGUGAACUUUGAGAACAUGAGCAACGACGAUGCCGUGCGGGUUCUUCGGGAGAUCGUGUCCCAGACAGGGCCCAUCAGCCUUACCGUGGCCAAGUGCUGGGACCCAACACCCCGAAGCUACUUCACUGUCCCAAGGGCUGACCCGGUGCGGCCCAUCGACCCUGCUGCCUGGCUGUCCCACACGGCGGCACUGACGGGAGCCCUGCCCCGCUACGGUACGAGCCCCUGCUCCAGCGCCGUCACACGCACCAGCUCCUCCUCACUAACCAGCUCCGUGCCUGGUGCUCCGCAGCUGGAGGAGGCGCCGCUGACGGUGAAGAGUGACAUGGGCGCCGUCGUCCGGGUCAUGCAGCUGCCAGACUCGGGACUGGAGAUUCGUGACCGCAUGUGGCUCAAGAUCACCAUUGCCAACGCCGUCAUUGGAGCGGACGUGGUGGACUGGCUGUACACACAUGUGGAGGGCUUCAAGGAGCGGCGGGAGGCCCGGAAGUAUGCCAGCAGCUUGCUGAAGCAUGGCUUCCUGCGGCACACGGUCAAUAAGAUCACCUUCUCCGAGCAGUGCUACUACGUCUUCGGGGACCUGUGUAGCAAUCUCGCGGCCCUGAACCUCAACAGUGGCUCCAGCGGGGCCUCGGAUCAGGACACACUGGCCCCGCUGCCCCACCCGACCACCCCCUGGCCCCUGGGUCAGGGUUACCCCUACCAGUACCCGGGGCCCCCGCCCUGCUUCCCACCUGCCUACCAGGACCCGGGCUUUAGCUAUGGCAGCGGCAGCACUGGGAGUCAGCAGAGCGAAGGGAGCAAGAGUAGCGGGUCUGCCCGGAGCAGCCGCCGGGCACUGGGCCGUGAAAAGGAGCAUCGGGCGGCAGGAGCCGGGGGCAGCGGCAGCGAAUCGGACCACACGGCACCGAGUGGGGUGGGCAGCAGCUGGCGGGAGUGUCCAGCUGGCCAGCUCAGCCGAGGAAGCAGCCCACGCAGUCAGGCUUCAGCCACUGCCCCGGGGCUUCCCACACCCCACCCCGUGACCAAGGCCUAUACGGUGGUCGGGGGCCCACCGGGGGGCCCGCCUGUCCGGGAGCUGGCCGCUCUCCCCCCGGAAUUGACAGGCAGCCGCCAGUCCUUCCAAAAGGCCAUGGGGAACCCCUGUGAGUUCUUUGUGGACAUCAUGUGAUCUGUGGUGCCCACAGUCCUGCCUGGAGCAGGGAGCUGGCAGUCCUGGUGCAUGCAAAGCUCGAAAGGGCUAGCCUUAGUGGGGGCAGGAUGGACCAUCGCAGUCAUCUGCCUGACAGCCUGGCGGCUCCGGCUCCUGGAAGCAGCUGUGUCUGAGCAGUUGCGUUGGGGUGCUCCCUCUUUGCUCCUCAGUGAGAGCCUUGGGGACCUCCCAACCCCUUGUGUCUGGUGGUGACCCCUCCUAAGACGAGGAAGACUCCCUUGGGCUCCGGGCUGACCCCCAUACCUCCUGCACAGUGGUGCACAGGACCCCUGAGGGACCCAUGAGGUGCACGCCUGCAGUGCACAGGCCCAUCCCUCUGACCCCAAUGGGGCCUCCUGUCGGUGGAGCAGAGCCCCCAGGUCCCUCCUGCUGUCUGGGGUAGGGAUCUAAUUUAUUUAUUUAUUGCCUGGCUGGUGCCUCGGUGGAGGAAGUGGCCCUACCACCUGUCCCACCCACCCCCACCCUUUGGAGCAGCCUGCACCUUCCCACCUCUCCUUCAGCCACACAGUCGAGUCUGAAUGUGUGGAGGACAGGACGUCCUGCCCACCGCAUCCCAGCCAGGGCAGAGGGUCUGUGGUCCUCAGGGUCAAGGGGCCCCGAUGUUCACAGCUGCCACAGGGAGAGAAGUCUUGGGGAGAUGAGUGGUCAGCAGGCCUGUCUUUGGUGAACGCACAUACGCUGCCCGCACGCACCAUGGCCCGCACACUGGCCCCCGUGUCUGCGCUGUAGAUAACGUAUCAAAGUCCCAGCGUCUAGAUGGUUAACAUAGAGCUGCUUCUGUGUAAAUGCUGUUUAUUUUAAACACUAAAAAGCAUUUAAUUUUAUGGGACGGA